AUGGCUUCUUCAUCAGCAUCUUUCCUUUGGGAUGUUGGCAUCUUCUCGGAUUGUUACAAUGCCAUUAAGUUCCUGGACGCUGUCCCGGAAGAGAUCGAUGCUUUGAUGGGAACCGACUUAAGACACUUACUUGACGUUCCUUCUCGAUCUGACAAGGCAAGACAAGACUUGGCCAAAGGUGAAAAGGAAAAUAUCACGUUUGCUGAUGGACUGAAAUACAAACUCAACAAACCUUUCAUAGAAAGUGCAUAUCUCCUCGCCAGUGAACUUGAUUUGGACGAGUUGGCAACUGCUGAAUUACUACUGCUGGCCUCCGAGGCAAGCUUUUCUAAAGGCUCUAGCCUUGAAGAUGCUGGUAUCUUGGCUUUUUUCCGCAGAUAUGACUACAUCCUUAACAUCGUGGGCUAUAUGGUUACCAAGAAGAGAAUCCGGUUGAUAUACCCAACACAAGAUCCAGCUAAGGAACUCUUUCAACAGUGUCUUAAAAGUUUCAAGAAAAUUUACAGUUUGAUCCAGAUUCAGAAUGACCAGAUAGAUAGACAGAAAGCUACUGCUGAUAUUAACAAUUUGGCUUUCGUUAAGAAGGUGUAUUUUGUCAAACAACAACUUUUCCAGAUCCAUGAUCUUUUGAGUCAGAUCUUGUACUUCCUCAUUGACACAUUCCCCGAGACUGUUCUGAAUUUUGAUACUUACAACACGCUCGUCAAGCACAUUAAUGAAAACAUCACAAACGAUUCCGACAUUUUACUUUUGCAUUACCUCCCGUCCCUUUUGCGAAUCGUGACUGGCUUGGAAGACUUGUCAGAUGCCGAAGUUCUGAAGAUUCAUCAACAGUUUGUUUCGUCACUUUCAGCUGACUACCCCAAGGUUAAGGAUAAUGAUAACAUCGACUUGUCCAAGUCGUCUUUGAGACCGUACGAUCUUUGCACCAAAAUAUUCUUCUUCAUUGCAUUCAUUCCAUGGUGCAAAGGCUCCGAUGAAAGGACUCGUAAGUUUGAUUUUAAGAAAGACAUUCUUCAAUACAUCGAGUGGCUCAUCAGUUAUGGUACUACCGAACAGAUCUUGUGCUACGCAGCCGAAACUGCUGUACCAGAAACAACCAGUUUCUUGGAGCAAAGUGAACUUUAUGAUUUCAGAGCUCUCCUACAGAGAAGCUUCCCGCUGUUGUUGCCUGCCAAAUUCGUUUACGCAGGUAAUGACGAACUUCUUAAUGCUGCCAAAUCUAAUCCCCAACUAUCCAAUGUUCCAAAACUUUGUGACUUCUCCAGCUUCAAGAUCUCCAGACCAAUUGCUGACGACAUAAUCGCUCCCUCGUUUCAUUCUUUCUUUAGCAACUUUGUUAACCACGCCGCUAUUGUAUUGACACUGCUUCGUGAUAAUGAAGAGGAUUACCUUCUUUCAUCAAACAAAAAGGAACUAGACGACUCAUCUAGAAAUGCCACUAGUUUCAAUGAUACUUAUGAGAGUCUCUCUUCGAAGUCUUUAGAAAAGAGCACAUACGACGAGUCAGAUUCUAAUCACGACCUCAAUGACAUUGCAAGUCGUGCCGAUUUGGAAAGGUUUUACAUGGCAUGUGUCUACACUUACAGCAAUAGAUCAGACCUCUGUGAGGCUUUUUGGGCUGCCGACGAAUCGAACGUCGCUGGUUUCGUUGAUUGGGGCAUUUCCAAGAACACCCUGCCCCUUAUAACUGCUACUUUCUGUUUCCUUCUUGGAAGUUUGACUUCAGGUGGAACUAUGGCUAGCUUGAAAGUGUGGGACAUCUUGGUCAACGCAAACACUUUCCGCAAGAAUGAUUACUCAUACAUCUCGAUAGAUUCUAUCAUAGGAUCCUUGACGUACUACCUAGAUGCUCUUACGGAGAACCUCGAGCUGGAGUUAAUAACAAGGUCGAAGAUGGAGCAACAGAAACUGGAAUACCUUUUCUCCAGCAAUCAUCAUAAGCGCGUUACUGACGAUGAUACCGAAAUCCCCAUCAUGCUUUCUGAGGACUCGGUAGUUUUCAUUGCAGGAUUCUUCAUGCUAAUUGCUCAAAUUUUGAAGAAUGCGGGCGACGAGGAUCAAGUAUCUCGAACUGUCAGACAAUCGGCCUUCAAUCGUUUCCAUCCAAUAAUAGUAUCAUUCCUCAAGUUCGACAAUUUGAUUACCAGUGCCAAGGAGUCUCUUAACAAGAAGAAGACAUCUGUUCCGGUUGUCUUCAGCGAUGAGAACAGAACCAUUAUUCUUAAUCUUGUGAUGAAUUGCUUGAAAGAGUUCGCCACUACUAGUGAUAUGAGCAUUAGAACACAAAUAUGGGAUACCGUUGAUCGCUGGAUUUGUCAUUCGCUUCAUGAUGGCGAGAAUACAAAGCCGACCGAUAGUCAGAGAUACACUGCACGGGGAUCCCUGCUGAACACAGUCUCCAAUAGCACGAAGACAGAGCUUCAAAAGCUCAAGAGCUAUUUCAGGGGUUCUCCAAUGAAACAAGGCUUUCAAAUGGCACUUACGAAGACAUCUGAAGUCUCGAACUUUGUACAGCUUAUAGCACAGCUACUCGGGCCUGUGUCAAAUGAGAAGUAUGGUUUCAAUUCCAUGGAGCUUUUAUACCCUUCUAACCUCGGAUCGGGGUAUAGGUUCAAGAACCAAAUUGGUGUGUGGCCUUACAUGGAAUUCAUUCUAAACGAAGUUUUCGUACAUACCCCAGAUCUCGAGGAUGAGGAUUUGAGGGUGAGCUUGCAACUGAUUAUCCUCAAAGUAGUGAAAACGUCAUUAACGGAGGUGGAUUGGCUCUUCCUUGUGGAGACUGCUCCGCAAAUUUUCCUUGAAACGCCCACCACCGAAGACGUUUUUGCAUCAUCUAGGCUUCUUUCAGGAGAGACCACUGCGAUCACCUUCGAGACUUUUGUCAGAGUUCAUCAUUCUUUGUCAGUCUUAAACUUCUUGUUUGAGGACAAGCCUUCAGCGGUGUUGUUCAACAUCGUGAAUACGGGGUUGGACCUAGUUAGCGGCAACCCUGUUUUACAGCAUUUGAUUAGCGAGGCUUUAAGCGUUGUUGACAACACAUUAAGACUACAGCAUAUCUAUAUCGAGAAGCUCUUGCCACUUCUUAAGAAUGCUGACAUCUUUUCUCAGGCUGAUAGCAAGAAGCCGUUAGGAUAUGGUACCAGUUUGAGUCUUGCUCUUACUACUCAAAAGCUCACGCACGACAAUGUGUAUUAUCCUACUGGACUUGGAACUCAUGGUGUCAGUGACUACUUCGAAUUAAUUUUGUUCAAUUUGUCUAGUGUGGUCCACCUUGCGCUUUAUAUUGGGUCCGAUGAUAGGUCUAUCUCCCAACCAGCCAUCUCAAUCUUGCGCAAGCUUUCAGAGUCUAAGGUUUUCAGCACCAAGAGUGCUCUCUCUAAGGAUCUCUCGUUGAGAAACACUCGUCUCUUGAGUAUCUUUGAGAAUGUGGAUGAGUCUCUCAAGAUCAGAUAUGCAUUCGUCCAGCAAAUGGAAGCUAUCACUGACUCAUUGCAAGUAAAGUAUGAUAUCUUGGAAUUCUUGCUUGCCAACUUGCCAUCAAACGGUGAAGUGACUGUUGCUCACUUUUUGCUUGGCUACGAGACUCGUAAUGGUAGCCUUACUUUGGAGGAAGACCUGGACAGUAUAUCCUUACUUGAUACCUUGAUUCAGUUGCUCAUGUCAACGAUCGAUUUGAUCUUCGACAUUGACUAUAGUAAGGGCUACGUCACACGUAUUGGUCUAGGACCUUCCAAGUUGGCAUCGUUGACGAUGCAAAUCUUGGUUAAGUUGAGCAAGAGUCCCGUGCUUUCGUCUAUCACCUUGCUGUAUAUCAGAAAGUACGAUUUGUCUUCGAAAUUGCUUGAGGUUCAACCAAAGAUUGAUGACUUGACUAUUUGGAAUAAUGAAAGAUUCCAAGCUAACGUUCAAGAUGGUGCAAAGAACAACUUCAUUGAAGAUGAAGGCAGUCUUGAAGCGUUCUUCGAGUUCAUGAAAUACAGAAACCUGAUUCUCCAAUACUUGUCGAUUGAAAUCCAUGAGAUCAGGUCAGCUACCAAGAAGGAGCACUAUAUCCAAAUGCUUCUCAACGAUACCGAAUUCUUCAACGGAACACCAAAGAUUCUCAACUUCUUGGAUGUGCUCAACUAUCAGUUCUCCAAUUUCGAGCCUCACAAGUUACUAGAAUUCGAGAAUAAGUAUAAUCUUCCAGCGUUGGUCCAUGAGUUGAGCCAAGAGAGAGAAAAGAAGGAGAACGGAACAAGACUAUUGAGAAAGUUUGCCGGAUUGCGUUGCCAGAAUGCCAACCAAAGACUCCGCACUGAAGAUGAAAAGGCUGCCUUUUCUAUCGAUAUGAUGGUUGAAGUGACCAGAGUUGAUGAGCUUUUCCAGAAGAUCUUUGUGGUGGAGGAGCUCAAGAAACGUCACUUGCAGUGCUUGCAGUCGUGGGUUCAGAUCAUUCAAGUUCUCAGCAGUGAUGGAGUGGCUGAUCGUGCUGAUUUCAUCUUGAAGGUGUUCCAAUACAUCCUUCCUAAGAUCAAUAAUGACUACUAUGAGAGAGAUAUCAUGUUUGCGGAAGAGUUGAUUCUGUUGUGUAUGCUCUUGUUUGACAUGUAUGAAGAGGACUCGAUAGUCAAGGCCAAACCAGAAGACGGCAAGGAACAGCAUUUACAGAAACUCCUUCCACUCUUUAAAACAUGCGUGAAUGGAGUACUAUGCAGCAACUCGACGCCAGCCUUACGUUCGGACUUGUACAUUUUGCUCAAUAAGUUUACCCAGAGAACGCCGCAGUCAGGUGCCUUGCUUCACCAAAUCCUUACGGCCCUUCGGUCGGUGGACAGAAGGUUCAUCAAUGUUAUCUGCAACGAUUCAAUCUAUUCAGAAGGAGCCCCUCGAAUCACAUCGAUAAUAUUGAUGGAAACGCUUGUGAAUCUUUCCAGUUUGGAGAAGUCGACUUCUAUUCUUAACGCGAUAGUGGAGAACAACUCAUUGUCACUUCUCGCCCGACUGCUCAAACGUACUGGGGAGCUCUUCGAGGCUUGCGAGGGAAAUGCGGAGUCAGGAAUCAGAAUAGAUACGCUACUUUACGAGCUUACGGCUUUCAAAGCAACGCUUUAUCUUUUGAUAAGAAUCGGGCAGUCACGAGAGGGAGCAUCGCAGCUUUUCCAGAAUGAAAUUUUCCCGAUCAUACGUCAUCUCAAGUUCUUAAACAUUGAUUCAGACUUGGGAUUGGAACUCCAGAUCGACACAGGACCAAAUGUACUGGGCACCACAUCCUCGGGAUACGCCGCUGCAAAAGAGGAAAGUGCUACUGCACUGAUCACAUUAAGUUUGGAUGUUCCGGCAUCACUCGCAGAUUCAGCAGAUUCAGCAGGCGGCAGCGAAAAGGUGCGGACGAUCUCGUACUAUGAGUUACUCGUGCCAGCGUUCCAAUUGGUUGUCACUGUGCUUUCGGCGAUGGGCCCGUCGUUCCAGCCUGGAAUCAUGCAAGCUCGAGAACUCAUGCAACACUUUAGGGUUCUAGUAGUGGGAGUGAUGAAACGAGACCAGCUUAUGGAGCAAGGGUCAUUGGCGCAAUAUGAAGAGAAGCAGAGGCUUGCGCUGGAAGGGCUUCGGCAGUUGGCGAGGUUGUUUGUGCUCGUAAACGCCCUUAUAGAGGACGGAAAGCUUAACAACGGUCUCGGGUAG